AGAAGAAGAAGAAGAAGAAGAAGAAAAAGGAGGAGGAGGAACAACAACAACAAACGUGCAAGAUAACCCUCUAAAAAUGUCGUGUUGUGCUGUUGGGUGUCGUAAUAGAAAUGGCCAAAAAGAUGGGCUUCAUUUUUAUAGAAUACCGUCGUCGAGGACGCCAUUUGAUAAUAAACGUCGGCUUUUAUGGUUGCAAGCCCUUAAACGGACAGACUGGAGUGAAGUAAACAUCCGAAAUUCUCGUGUCUGCAGUGCUCAUUUCAUAUCGGGGGAGGCGUCCAUGGAUCCAAAAAGUCCAGACUUUGUUCCUUCAUUGUUCUCUUAUGAAAGCCAUUGUAUGGAACUUCCAAGAAAAAGGGAAAGUUAUAGGUACAAUAAGAAGAUAAAGAUAGGUGAAUCUUUCAGCAUGUCCUCUCAGGCUGACACAUCAGGCUCUCUUACUGUGCCUCAGGAGUCCUUCACCAUGGAGCCAACAACAGACUCCAAACCUAUAGUCUGUAAAGAGGAGCCUUGUACAGAUGAAGAAAACAACAUGAUCCUGAUCCCUGUAGCCGUCUACAGUAAACUCAAAGUCCAGAAUGAAGAGCUUGUAACAGAGUGUAACAACUUACGCACACAAUGCAACAUACUCAAAGAGGAGAACGAGCAGCUGAAGGAGGAGCUGGGCAGCAGGAAGUUUUCUUUCAGCUCGAUUGUAAACAAAGCUCAACAGUUCCUUUUUUUCACUGGUCUGACCACUAUAGCUUUUGAGUGGUUGCUGUCAAAAUUGAAAGACAGCGUAGCGGUUGUGCAUGGAAAUUUGAGCUUGGAAGAUCACCUUUUAGUUGUGUUAAUAAAACUGCGCAUAGGAUUAAGCAACAGAGACAUCAGCUAUAGGUUUAAUGUACCAGAUUCUGCCAUUUCCAGAAUUUUAAAAAACUGGCUUCCUAUAAUGGCACAGACAUUAAAACCAUUCAUCAUAUGGCCAACCAGGAAGGCUGUUCAAAGGAAAAUGCCAACAUGUUUUAAAAGGAAAUAUAGCCAAUGUCGGUGUAUAAUUGAGUGCACAGAGAUUUUUAUAGAUAGACCUAAUAAUCUUACUGCUCGAGCACAGACAUGGUCGAAUUAUAAACAUCACAAUACAGUUAAAUACUUAGUUGGGAUAACACCAGGAGGAGCAAUUUCAUUUUUGUCACCAGGUUUCGGUGGCCACGUUUCUGACAAAGAACUAACGUUAAAAUCAGGAUUCUUUGAGCUGCUGGAGCCGAAAGAUGAAAUUUUGGCUGAUCGAGGGUUUUUGAUUAGGGAGGACUUAGCAGCAUACGGAGCCACCCUUCGUAUCCCACACUUCACAAAAGGCAAGAAUCAGAUCUCUGGUCAUGAAGUUGACACACCAAGAAAGCUGUCAAACGUGAGAAUACACGUGGAAAGAGUCAUUGGUCGAUGGAAGAAAUUUAGAAUUUUAACAUCUGUAAUUCCAUUUACUCAGGUGGACAUGCUGGAUGAUAUGGUGACUGUGUGCGGGGCAUUAACAAAUCUUUGCCAAAGUGUAGUGCUUAAAAGAAAGACACACUAAGCACAAUGGAUGGGUUUCCAGGGUUUCAUUAUGUACUAACUGUUUUUUUCUCUUUCAGUGAAUUACUUUAUUUGCUUUAGAUUGACUUUUUGAUAUUGAAAUGAGCAUUGUAAUUAACACAUUGACAUUUCACAUUGCAUUUUAAGUUGCAACACUGUUUGUUCCUGAAUAUGUAAUAAAAUACAUUUUUAUACUCCUACAA